AUGGCAGAAGCACUAGCAGAGGCAGGAGCGACUGUGUAUUGCCUCGACCUCCCGUUCGAGCCUGACAAUACAUUCAGAGCCGCUCAAUCAUACGUAUCAAAGCUCAGACAAGCAGGCAACACAAGACUGGAGUAUACAUCUGUAGAUGUAACGAAUCAGGUAGAAGUGUGGAAUGCAGUGGAGAAUAUUGUUAAGAGGGAAGGACGCUUGGAUACGUGCGUUGCUGCUGCAGGCAUCAGAGUUGCAGAGGAUUGCCUCGCUCAUUCUGCUGAAGAAUUCCAAAAGCUAAUGGAUGUAAACGUGAAUGGUGCCUUUUACACGGCUCAAGCAGCUGGUCGUCAGAUGGUCAAGUUCGGUAACCCUGGCAGUAUCAUAGUGAUAGCAAGCAAGCGACUUACAAUUUUGUGCGUACAGGGACAAAAUAACAUAGCAUACAAUACUAGUAAGGCAGCCGUGAUACAAAUGGGCAGAAGUUUAGCCUGCGAGCUUGGACUACAGAACAUUCGUGUAAAUACGAUCUCACCAGGAUAUAUUCAUACUCAGUUGACUGCAACAGUCAUCGGGGAUCAGCCUCACUUCCUGGAGCAAUGGAAGUCGGAAAGCCCUCUCGGGAGAAUGGGAAGGCCUCACGAGCUUCGUGGCGUUGCUGUUUGGCUAGCGUCUGACGCAUCCAGCUUUGUCACUGGUAGCGAUAUUCUCGUAUCUGGUGGAUCGCAUGCAUGGCAUUAUAAGUGUAUCUAA